GUCCCAAAAGUCCUGAAAAUGCCCCUUUCGGUCAGCCUCUUGGAUGGGUCACCAUCCUACUUCCUAUUGUACGCGGCUUUGAACGGCCUUCAUGAUGCCUUGAACCAGACACAGACACAGACUGCCCCGGAGGCCUAUCAGAUCAAAAAGGGCUCGAGUGCUUUCCCCAAUAUCGCGGUGUUCCUGUUUGAGGAUCGUGAUUUGGUGCUCCAGCUUCCGUCGCCUGAGCUCAACUCUCAGUUUCUGCCUUGCCUUGAAGAUCAGCAGACGCUGGGUGCCUGGUCCGUGCUGUGGCUAAAGUGCAAGGGUUUUCCAGUUGAGAUCACUAGCCAGGCUCAUGUCUUUGAGCAGUCUGAAGAUGGAAUUGAGGAUCCAGAGAAUUCUCGUAUCGUGACAGACUUGCUGACUGAUAGCCAGUCUGCCAUCGACCUUCUCAAGGGUCAGGAUCUGCCGAGGAGGUCACGCCACAUCGAGAUUCGUGUGGAGUGGAGGCGCCACAAGAUGAACUCCGGUCAGGUUCGCCUUGAGUGGAUUCCGGGAUCGCAGAAUCCAGCGGACUUGUUCACCAAGAACGUGAACACGGCUUUGCUUAACCUGCGUCGGGGUCGCUUGGGCUUUGUGACUGUGAAGGAUAGUCCUGUGGAGAAGUUGUUUGAGCUGUCAGUGCAGCGUGGCAGGAUUAUGAUGUCCCAUGACUCCCGUAUUGCUAUGCUUGAAGUGUGCUGCUCAGCGAAGUCGGCGCUUUCCCAGGAGUGUUCGCAUCAGGGCAUCCCGUAUGCAGGUGUGAUCCAGAAUAUGCAAAAGCUUCAUGUGUACAAGCAGGCUAGUGCUAUUGUGCAUCGCUGGCGUGAGGAUGGAGGACUUAUCACUUUGACAUGUCGCCAUCCUGUGGUGGUUACUGUCCAGAUGGCAAAGUCGCAACAUGAUUAUGCCAACAGAGGAAAGAUGCCUGUUGAGCCUGGUUCAUCUGCUAUGCCGAAGUAUGCAAAAGCUAAGGCGAGACGUGAGCCAGUGCAGACUCAGACAGAUGGAACGUUCUUCAAGAAUCGUCAUCACUUUGCGAUUUUUCUGGAUGAUGGGGAAGCUGUGUACCACAAGACUUCAGAUUGUGCAAAGAGCCAUGCCACCCGAGUUGAGCUGAUCAGGGAGAUCUUACCAUGUCGUGUGUGCCGCGCAGUCGCGAAUGCAGAUUCCUCAGUUUACCUCUCCAAGUAUGGUGACAAGUAUCAUUCUAUGGAUUGCAAGCAUGUGCAGCAGAAGAAUUCCCAUAUCCAUGGUUUGACUCCUUGCUCGGAGUGCUGGUCUGGUCCUCGCUUUCUUGAGUGA